AUGGGAGAUGGUGGCGACUACGAGGACGAGGGGGAGGAAGCGUACGCAGAGAGAGGGCAAGGGUACGAUGUGGAAGGCGCCGCGUAUGCGGGGGGAGGAGGCGAAGAGGGGCGAGGUGGAGGGUACAUUAAUCAGGAAGGGGAGGAGUUCGGACAAGAAAUGGAAGGAGGGGAGGGGUUUGCAGAUGAGGAGGAAAACUGGCAAGAGGGAGGAGCGGGAGACGGAUACGCGAUGGGAGCGGGUAUGGGGAAUGCCCCAGAAGGGGAAGAUGGGUUUGCGGAGGACGGGGUGGCGGCAUUUGCGGAUGCGGAUGAAGGAUACGCUGGGGAAGAUGGAAAUGAAGGAGGGGGAAGGAUAUGCCGGGGGGGGGGGGAUGGAGUUGCGGGAGAGGAGGGGGAAGGAUAUGCGGGAGAGGGGGGGGAUGGAGUUGCGGGAGAGGAGGGGGAAGGAUAUGCGGGCGAGGAUAGGGAUGGAGUUGCGUGCGGGGAGGGGGAAGGAUAUGCGGACGAGGGGGGGGGGGAAGUUGCGGGAGAGGAGGGGGAAGGAUAUGCGGGGGAGGGGGGGGACGGAGUUGCGGGAGAGGAGGGGGAAGGAUAUGCCGGCGAGGGAGGGGAUGUAGUUGCGGGAGAGGAGGGGGAAGGAUAUGCGGGCGAGGGAGGAGAGGGGUACGCGGCAGGGGGGGAAUACACUGCAGGUGAUGGUGAACGAUUUGGUGAAGAGGGGCGCGAGGGAUACGCGGCAGAGGCGGUAGGUGGGAGACAGGAAGACCAAUGCGAUAAAGAGUACGGCGCUGCAGGCGACGGCGGAGAAGGUGGCGUACCUACCCAGCCGCACAGUCAAGGAGCUGAAGAUGAUGACGACAUUGAGCAGAUCAUGUACCCUGGAGCGCAAGCAAUGGCCACACAACAGAGCCAGGCGUCGACAAUGUAA